GAAAGAGCAACGGACUGCAGCGUCGUUGCCUGAGCAGAGCUGCGAGGCUAACCCUUGCCCUUUCCCACUCCAGGGCUCCGUCAUAUCGUGCGACACAGGCGAUCAGCUUCGGUGGCUGGAAUUGCGCUUUCGGUGACACGAGUCCUUUAUCCUGUCACAUGCCGUAACUUGGACUGAAAGACGUCAAACUGACUUCACGAUCGCCAUGCCGCCAAAAGUAUUGGCAAAAACCCAUGAUCGCGCGGGCGGCGUCCUUCCUGUGAGCGGAGCAGCACGCGCGCCGCCCACCAAGUCCACCAACACAGCAAGGCUCAAACUGGAAAUUCGUCGUCUUCCACCAGGUCUCACUCUGGGCGAAUUUGAAGAGAUAUUGGGUCAGGAAUGGAAGCUGGGAAAUCGCAAAGUUGAUUGGCGAGAGUAUCGGCAGGGCAAAUUCAAACAGGCGAUUGGCAAGGUGCCCGAACAGAGCAGAUGUUACAUUCACCUGACCAGCGAAGCGCUGGUCAAAGACUUCGAGGCCCGUUUCCUACAGGUCGUGUUUCAUGAUAAAGCAGGAACCCAUAAAAGUCCAGAUUUACGACAUCUACCACCCACGUUGGGAUUUGCGCCCAACCAGCGCAUGGCAUUGAAUGUUAAGACGAGGGCCGACACCCGACAAGGGACAAUUGACCAGGAUCCCGAGUUCAUCCGUUUCCUGGAAGCGGAAACACAACCGAUAUCGAAACCUGCAGCACUGGACACCGUUGGAGCGGAGAAGGAGAAGGUUGAAAGGGUCGGCGCAACGAGCACACCCCUGAUCGAAGCGAUACGCGAGAAGAAAGCCAACAAGGCCAAAGCAGCUGCGGCCAAGGAAGAGAAGCGAGAUGGGAAGAGUCACGCCAAGGCCGAGAGCAAGGAGGUCCCUGUGGUCGAGAAGCCCAGCAAAGAGGCGAGAUCUGCUGCUCCUCCUCAAAAGAUAGAAACCGCAGCCAAGGAGCCAGCGAAGGCUGUCAACAAGCAUGUUGCAGGCAAGCAGCAACAGCAACAGCAGCGGCCUGCCUCUCCCCAACAGCCAGCGUCGACCAAAGGACAGCCGUCGCCGGCAAAGUCGAAGCGAUCUGCACCAAACGCUAAGGGUCAGGGUGCUGCAGCAACACAACCGGCCGCAAGUUCAGCCGCAUCUACAACUUCCACAACAGCCACCGCUCAGACGACCUCCUCUACAACACCGGCGGCGCCGCGACAACGGCAGAAGGGCAAUCCAGAAGGUCUCAAGAAACUAUUUCAGAAGGAUCUCGGCAUCAAACCUAAGCCAGUGGCAGCCGUGAAGGAAACCACACCCGCUGCCCCUAAGCCAAAACCCGACACCCCAACAACAGCAUCUACGGCCACGAAGGCCAAGGAAUCUGCACAUCCGCCAGCGUCAAAAGCCCAGUCGAACAGCAAAGCUUCAGCAGCCGCCAAAUCCGAGAACCAGUCCGCAGCGUCAGCAUCCUCCUCCUCCCACAAGGCAUAUCUCAAACAUGCCAAUCCCAGCCAAGGCAUGACCGAGAUUUUGAUCCAACAAGCACUCUCACAAUUUGGAGACGUCGUCAGCGUCACGAUCGAUCCUCGCAAGGGUACAGCUAUUGCGUUGUUUAUGGAUGCUCAGGGACUGCAGAAGGCGCGUGAGGCUAAGCGAGUGACGGUCGCAAGUGGGAACGUGGAGGUUCACGAGUUCAAGGAUCGCUCUGCGGGUUCAGGCGGUGGAUCGGGCAGUAGAGCUGGCCAUAGGCCUAAUCGUAAUGCAGGACGUGGCGGUGGUGGAGGAGGAGCAGGGAAGAGUGGUGCUGCAGCAACAAGUGCUGCGUCUACGGCUGCUGCUGGAGAUGCGCCGAAGACGAGUACCUAGUCGGUAUUUGGAAUCGAUUGACUGCCUUGAGAUCCUCGGUGAAGCAGAAUGAGGACAUUUCGAAUCCAAAGCAUCUGUAGAAUCAUCGUUAGCUGCAGAUUUCAUGAAUUGCCUGCCGUGAAUAGCUCAAUGACUAUCUUUUACGAAU